CAUCACCAUCAAUGUCAUUGACCACAGAGUCAUUUCAACUCAUCAUAAAGGAGAGGCUCGAGGCCUCUUUGGUCCAGGUUGAAGACAUGUCUGGUGGAUGCGGACAGGCGUUUGCUGUCAUCAUCGUGUCGCCUCUCUUCCAGGGCAAGAAUAAAUUGAUGAGACAUCGGUUGGUCAAUAACGCGUUGAAAGAAGAGAUUGCUGGUAUCCACGCCUUCACACAAAAGGGGUUUACACCCGAAGAGUGGACCGCACAAGGUGGAUCAUUAUAAGAAUUUGAUGUCUACUGCAUUCCCCUGAUAUAUUUAUUUAUCCUUUAAUAUAACCCUUGUAUCAUAA